AAAUAACAAAAAAAUUUUCACGGUGUUGUGUGAUUGAAUAAAUGAUAGAACAGUGAACCGCUAAGUGCGACAGUGCAAAAUGGUGUUAAACCUCAGCAGAUUGGUCGUCUUGUGCAGUUUUCUAUUAGUAGUACAGCAAUCGGAAUCAGCAGUCCGUCAUGAGGACGUAUCAGCGGAGUCGUUAGAGUCAUCAACUGAGGUGUCGGUGGUGUCUGUGGCUACGUCAUCAUCAGCUGAGCUGCAUGAAGGCUCUGGAGACGACCCGCCCGACCCCUCACAACCCCCCAACAAGAAUCAGAACGAAACCAGAGAAGCACUCAAAACAGAUGGCAGUGAACAGGACCCGGUGGUAUUUUUAUCAGACAAGAACAGCUACAUCCCAGUGAGCAUCAAACCCAGGUCCCCGACGGCGGAGGCAGCGUGGCGCGAGCCGCCGGCCUGGGAGCGCGAGUACCGCCGACACCGCACCAACGGCAGUCGCGUGCAGUACAUAGAAGCGGAGUGCCAGGAUGACUUCAUGAAGAUCAGAGUUGGUUUCAACGGAUCUUUCUCUGGACUAGUGUAUUCUGCAGGUUACUCAUACGACCCUGACUGUAUGUACAUCAACGGGUCUGGUCGGGACUACUACGAGUUCUACAUCCAGCUCAACAGAUGCGGUACACUUGGCCGGAACAGCCAGCACGAUGAUAGUAGGAAACAUCCCACUAAGAACUUGAUGUGGAACACGAUAACGGUGCAGUACAACCCUCUGAUCGAAGAAGAGCUGGACGAACACUUCAAGGUCACCUGCGAGUAUGGAUACGACUUCUGGAAGACCGUCACAUUCCCGUUUCUUGAUGUUGAAGUGGCGACAGGCAACCCGGUAGUAUUCACGUUACAACCGCCGGAGUGCUACAUGGAGAUUCGAUCAGGAUACGGCGCGACCGGCGCACGCGUCGCCGGCCCCGUCCGAGUGGGGGACCCGCUUACUCUGCUUAUUUAUAUGAGGAGUGCUUAUGAUGGCUUCGAUAUUGUGGUAAACGAUUGCUUCGCUCACAACGGCGCAGCGAAGCGGAUACAACUUAUAGAUGAGUACGGGUGCCCGGUAGAUGACAAGCUGAUCUCCCGGUUCCGAGGGUCGUGGUCGGAGUCGGGUGUGUUCGAGACUCAAGUGUACGCGUACAUGAAGACGUUCCGGUUUACGGGCUCGCCUGCACUCUACAUCGAGUGCGACGUGCGCAUGUGUCACGGACGGUGUCCUUCUCAGCCAUGCCACUGGCGCAACAUGAAGAGCGUGAAGCGUCGAUCCAUAGAGACGGGUGCGCACGCGCAAGCGGCGAGUGUCGCGCCGCGCCUGUCAGAAAACAUCUCGCUGUUCCAGUCCUUGCGGGUUCUGCAGGAGGGUGAGGAGGAUACCGAGCUGCAGCGCUUAGGGUCACCAGAAGGCCAGACUUGUAUGAAGACGUCAGCCUUGUCGGCGAUGAUAGCUUCUUGCGGGGUGCUCAUCGCGGCGUUGUGUGCCGCUCUAUUAGUGGCCGCGAGGAACUGGAGGCGUCGCGACGACAGCACGCCACACCACGCCUAUGUCCCGCAUAAGGGGCGGAUUAAAUGAAUCUACAUAGGCUUAAUAUUUGAUCUUGACUAGGUUUUCUUUGCGUGUGAUUGGUGACACUUUAGCGUGAUGAUUCAGGAUCACAUUUGUCAGCACCUCAACGCACUUUCCUAUGCUCCAAUCGUUACUCAGAACCGGUUGCUAAAGCGACGAGUGACUGUGCGUGGCAGAUUGCUGAAGGAAUAGCGUAUGCUUAAGCACGCUAUAGCAUGCUAUUGCACGCUGACGCGUGCUGUGAGACACAGUAUACAUACACGCGGUAUUAUAGGUAGUUGUUCUGAUUCAUACUGACACAUUUGGCAGCACGGAACCGCAUUUGUCACGUUUGUUCUGCGGCAUGCAGCCGAGCGCUGUUGCAUUCUUUGGGCAUUUGGUUUCUUACAGUAUAGCGUCAAGCGAGCGGCGGCCUCGCAUUUGCUAUGAUUUUUUUCCUUAUUACCGAGAGCUUCUCGCACUCUCGCUCUAGCCAAUGACUAAUGAUGUUCUGAGUGACAGAAAAGGAAAGAAGCAUAGGAAAGUGCGAUGCCUUGUAGCCAGGUUUAGUUCAGCCCUAAAAAUAGAUUCAUUGUAUGCAAAAAGUCCAAUCUUCACCGCCAAUGCCGAGCCUUUUUUUGUAGCCGCAGAACUUAGUUUCCAUACAUCAUAAUGUAAAAUGUUAGCCAAUCACAUGUUUAGUUAAUCUUCAAGAC